UCCAAUAACCCUUUCUCACCUAUAAAUAACCCUCAUCAUUUUCCCUAGACAGCAGAUCUCCUUGACCUUUUGGGAAUGGCCUGCAAAAGGUUUCUUUUCCUUGUGCUGGUGCUUGUUCUUUCACUUUCCUCGCAUUUGGUCUCUGCAGACGAUUCAUCAGCGACCUGCGUCUACACGGUAUAUGUCCGCACAGGCAGCAUAUGGAAGGGCGGAACGGAUUCGAACAUCAGCCUGGCUCUGAUCGAUUACUUAGGCGAGGAAAUUUACACGAGCAAUCUGGAAUCCUGGGGCGGCUUAAUGGGACCAGGUUACAACUACUUUGAGAGAGGAAAUCUCGACAUUUUCAGCGGGCGAGGCCCCUGUCUCUCGGCCCCUGUGUGCAAAAUGAUCCUUUCUUCCGACGGCACAGGUCCUCAUCACGGAUGGUACUGCAACUAUGUCGAGAUCACCUCCACAGGCCCUCACAUUCCCUGCAAUCAGCAACUAUUUACAGUAGAGCAGUGGCUCGCCACCGACGUUAACCCCUACGAGCUCACGGCCGAGAGGGAUCUCUGUGAAUCUUCUGAAAUCCGCGCCAAGGGCGGCUCACAGUUACGAUUGGAUUAAAUUUUAGUACUGCUAGGGUUUCAGUCAUUAGCUGUGUCUGUAUGUAUGUGAAUUUGAAUGUUCUGUAGUAUGUUCUUCUCUGGGGUUUUAUCAGUUUCCCCUCCGGGGAUUUGAACCCCAGACUGAAGGCUAUUGCUGGAUUUAAUGAAUGCAAUGAUUGCAUUAAUUGCAGUAUGUAAUUUAAUUUAGUAAAUGCAUUAAAGAUCAGCCGUUUAUGACAUUAAA